CGGGUCCGAGCCUGCGCCCCUGCAGCUGCCACUGCCGCCGUCGCCGCCAGGGGGAGUGUCCGUCGGGAAACGUGGUGUUGCUUCCUUGGUGUGAAGGUGCUUUCAAACUUCAGGUUUCUGAUCCUUUCCCCUGGGUUCUGAAGAGCGUAGAGGAAGAUGGAGACCGAGUCCGGGGCGCAAACAUCAAAUCAGACGCAAACAGAUUCAUUAUCUCCAUCCCCUAAUCCUGUGUCACCUGUGCCUUUGAAUAACCCAACAAGUGCCCCAAGAUAUGGAACAGUGAUCCCUAAUCGCAUCUUUGUAGGAGGAAUUGACUUUAAGACAAAUGAAAAUGAUUUAAGAAAAUUUUUUUCCCAGUAUGGGUCUGUAAAAGAAGUGAAGAUUGUAAAUGACAGAGCUGGAGUGUCCAAAGGGUAUGGUUUCAUCACUUUUGAAACACAAGAAGAUGCACAAAAAAUUUUACAAGAGGCUGAAAAACUUAAUUAUAAAGAUAAGAAACUGAACAUUGGUCCAGCAAUAAGAAAACAACAAGUAGGAAUUCCUCGUUCCAGUAUAAUGCCUGCAGCUGGAACAAUGUAUCUAACAACUUCAACUGGAUAUCCUUACACUUAUCAUAAUGGUGUUGCUUAUUUUCAUACUCCAGAGGUAACUUCUGUUCCACCACCUUGGCCUUCACGUUCUGUAUCUAGUUCCCCUGUGAUGGUAGCUCAGCCAGUUUAUCAACAACCUGCGUAUCACUAUCAGGCCCCUGCACAGUGCCUACCAGGACAGUGGCAGUGGGGCGUUCCUCAGUCUCCUGCAUCUUCUGCUCCAUUCUUAUACCUGCAACCUUCUGAGGUUAUUUAUCAACCGGUGGAAAUUGCACAAGAUGGUGGAUGUGUCCCUCCUCCACUGUCUCUGAUGGAAGCCUCAGUUCCAGAGCCUUAUUCUGAUCAUGGAGUUCAAGCAACAUAUCACCAGGUUUAUGCUCCAAGUGCCAUCGCUAUGCCUACACCCGUGAUGCAGCCUGAGCCAAUUAAAACAGUGUGGAGCAUUCAUUAUUAAGACAACUGGGCAGCUCUAGUCCAGCUCAACUGAUUUCUUGUCCAAUGAUCCUUGUGUGGC